AUGUCUUUUGCUAGUGUACGUUUUUUCCUGAGAAGCUCGAUAAGGUCAGCAAGUACUAGGAAGUUGAGGUUCACAAAUUUGUCCAAAGUGAAAUUACGUGAGCCUAUUGUUCCAACGGUUGAGAAUUUUAAAGUAUCACCCGAUCAUCCAUUAUGGCAGUUUUUCCCCCAAGGAAAUGCGACAAAUAGUGCUAUUCGUGAACCGGAUGAGCUAGAUUUGAAUUCUAGAGAAUGGACAAGUGCUGAGUUGCGUCAAAAGUCAUUUGAAGAUUUACAUAAAUUAUGGUAUAUCAUUUUGAAAGAGCGCAAUAUAUUGGCUAGAGAAGUUCGAGUUGGAGAAAGUAUAGGGAUGGCAGAUGCCAGGCAGUUUGAUUUGCUAGAUGAGAAGCUUGUUAAAUCGCAAAAGAGGAUAAAGCAAGUAUUAUCGGAGAGACACAUUGCUUUUGAACGAGUUGAAGCUAGUCCCGAUGUGAUUGCAGAACGACAAGAGUAUUUGGAUGGGUUUGCCAAGAGAUACCUUGAAGCAGCGACGGGCGCUGAAAGUGAAGAAAUGGAUAAAAAGUUGGACCGAUUACAAUAUGCGAUAUUUGGCAUUGAGCCCGAACUAAACUUGGAGACUUUGAAAGAUGAUAUCGAUGUAAACUUUAUCAAGGGGGUGGAAUAUUCAAGUAAUUUAAAGGCAAAAAGGUAUGUGAAAACAAACCUUGGAGAAGAGUCAUUGCUACCAUUGAAUGGGCCUAUGGAAGAAUUGCCUUUUUUCUUGCACGAUAUUGAAGAAGCUGUUGAACAAGUUAAGGAAUUGAGAUUAUCAGGCAAUUCGCGCACACUAUACAAGAGCGAGGUUAUACCGUUCCUUAUCAAAGCUAUAGGAAAGCAUCUUGAAUCUUAUGAGUAA